GCGCAUGUCAAGUUGAAAAUUGCAAAUGGCGGCCGUUGUUAUUGUUCGUACCGAAUUAACUAUUUGUAAAAUAUAUACCAAUCUUUUUAGCGAUUUAUCUACCAAACUGUUAUAUUGAUGCGAUGCUAUAACUUCUUAUAAUUCGGCGCGACGCGUUUUAUGAUGAUUUGGGACACAAGACAAUAAAACUUUUGUGGAAUUGAGCGGAAUGUGACAUUGUAUGAGAGUAUGGCAGCGGACAGCGACGGGCUGGUCUCGGGCGGCGGGGCGUGCGGCGUGGUGGUGACGUGCGAGGGCGACCUGCGCGACCCGCGCUUCCCCGAGCGCCUGCGCCGCCUGCUGCGCGACCUGCGCGCGCUGCUCGCGGAGCCGCACCCGCACACCCUUAAAGUUAACAAGGGCGACCUGCGCGACCCGCGCUUCCCCGAGCGCCUGCGCCGCCUGCUGCGCGACCUGCGCGCGCUGCUCGCGGAGCCGCACCCGCACACCCUUAAAGUUAACAAGGUGGAGCCGUGGAACUCAGUGCGCGUGACGCUGUCGGUGCCGCGCGCGGCCGCCGUGCGCCUGCGAGCGCUGGCCGCCGCGGGCGCGCCGCAGCUGCUCGCGCUCGGCAUCCUGUCGGUGCAGCUGGACGGCGACGCGGCGGUGUCGCUGCGGCUGUCGCACGGCGCCGAGCUGCGCAUCAACACCGACGCGGACGAAGCGAGCACCAGCACCGCUUCGCGACCGCAAGCGAACGCGGAACUGCUAUCCAACCUCGGCGGCAUCGGGCGCCUCAUCAGCGAGGAGCAGCCGUCGACCAGCGCGCCGCCGGAGCCGCCGCGCGACAGCUUCAAGUCGCCCAACACCGUCUGCCCGAUGGACGGACGGAUACCGCCCUCCAUCCCGCCCGCUGCUGAUCGUUGCGAGUUCCCCUUCGGGAGCAUGACGCAGGCGCGCGUCAUACACCGCAAGGAGAACACGCUGGGUGAGUCCAGAACCUUCCAGUCACAUCGUCAACACCGUGACCCGAUGGACGGACGGAUACCGCCCGCCAUCCCGCCCGCUGCUGAUCGCUGCGAGUUCCCCUUCGGGAGCAUGACGCAGGCGCGCGUCAUACACCGCAAGGAGAACACGCUGGGCAUCAGCGGCCCCUCGAGCGCGCGGCCGCCCUCAGACGGGCCAUUCGCGCGGCCUUCAACCUCUGCCUUCGCGGGCCCGCCGCCGCCCUACCCCGCCCCCGCCAAGCCUCCGCCCGCGCCGCCCACCGUGGCCAUGUCGUCGCCGCUGCUGGUGAACCUGCUGCAGAACGACGCGCCCGCGCCGCAGCCCCGGCCCAAGCCGCACCCGCAGGCCAAGCUGGAGCGGCUGGACGACGGACAGGUUAGUGUACGAUUGGAUCCAGAGAGGGGCGCUCUAACCCAGGAGAGAGGGGCAUUCAGACCCAGAGAAGAGGGGCACUCAGACCCAGAGAAGAGAGGCACUCAGACCCAGAGAAGAGGGGCACUCAGACCCAGAGAAAAGGGGCACUCAGACCUAAAGGGAGGGACACCCAGAAUCAGGGGGAGAGAGGAACUCAGACCCAGGGAGGAGGGACGCUCAAACGCCAGUGCUAGUGUUAUGAUGCCGCCCACCGUGGCCAUGUCGUCGCCGCUGCUGGUGAACCUGCUGCAGAACGACGCGCCCGCGCCGCAGCCCCGGCCCAAGCCGCACCCGCAGGCCAAGCUGGAGCGGCUGGACGACGGACAGCACUGCGUACUGUCCUGUAGCAUUGCUAAGGUUAGUAUGUACCCCGCGCCGCCCACCGUGGCCAUGUCGUCGCCGCUGCUGGUGAACCUGCUGCAGAACGACGCGCCCGCGCCGCAGCCCCGGCCCAAGCCGCAGCCGCAGGCCAAGCUGGAGCGGCUGGACGACGGACAGAACGACGCGCCCGCGUCUCAGCCCCGGCCCAAGCCGCAGCCGCAGGCCAAGCUGGAGCGGCUGGACGAUGGACAGGUUAGUACAAUCAGUGCUAGUGUUAUGAUGCCGCCCACCGUGGCCAUGUCGUCGCCGCUGCUGGUGAACCUGCUGCAGAACGACGCGCCCGCGCCGCAGCCCCGGCCCAAGCCGCAGCCGCAGGCCAAGCUGGAGCGGCUGGACGACGGACAGCAGGCGGGCCCAGCAUACCGCGUGCCCGCGCCCAACGCAACCGUCGUAGGGCGGGCGCGUUUCCCCGCCUUUGCAUCGUCGCCGCCGCCCUACCGCCAGCAGGCGCCGCGCCCGCGUCCGCCCACGCCGGCCCAGCACCAGCCGCAGGCCAGGUUCUCUCCCGAAGACCUGAAGGUGCUGCUGCCGCCGUCUACCACGUCAAUGGACCAGAAGACCAGGUCGAGGUUCCAGGAGUUCCAAUGGAUCCAGCAGCAGUACAUAGCGACGCAACGCGCGGCCAGCGACUGGUCCGAGCCGUACCGGGACACGCUGGACCUGCCCGAGCUGCCCGACGCGUGCGACCUCGACACGCUGCUGCCCUCGCUCGGCGCCGACCUCAACCUCGACCUCAACCUCGACCUCGACGAGCCGGCAUACGAGCGAGACGCCAUGCCGCCGCCGCCGCCGCCCGCCUUCAAGCCGCCGCCGCCGCCGCCCGCGAGGCACGCGCGCACCGCCACCGUCGGCUCCCAGGCCUCCGCCCACGAGAUCGAGGAGCAGAGCAAGCAGUAUCUCAUCAAGACCCUCAUGCGUGACGACGAGCCCGCGCCUGAGCCGCCGCCGCCUCCGAAAGAACCCGAAAAGGACGAACCUCCUGUUCCGACUCCCGUAAAAGAACUAAUAACUCCUAUAAAGAGAGAAAACUGCGUCGAACCAGAAGUGUUCGGCAUCGCCAAGAUCACCACCACAGAGGAGGACACCAAAAAGGCUGAGGAGGAACUCAAACUUAAGAAUAAACUGAAGAAAGAGCGGGAGGAGAAACUCGCGCAGAAGGGCGGCAAGCCGCGCACCGCCGGCGCAAAGGAGAAGCCCGCCACGCUCAAGGACAAGAUCGUGAGGGAUGGGAAAACCAAAGUUGCCUUACCGCGCCCGCCAGCCGCCGCCAAGGCGCCAGCGACACCCGACGCUCCUAAAUCGCCGCCCGGAGAAAAGGAAUCCAUCAAGCUGAGACUAAAACUCGAUAAGAACGAGCCUGUUUACAAAGCGGACGUCAGCUUCGUCAACCAACCCCCCAAGGGCGACAAACCCACGGACGGCGAACUCCGAGUCCCUCCCUUACACAUAAGCCUGAGAGGACGAAACUCCGCCGUCAUCAAGAACUCCAAAAAGGAAAAGAAAAAGUUCAGCUUGGGCGACAUGCAGUCCAAGAAAAUCAAAAUCCGGAAAGCCCUCGAAACGGACGAGAAACCGCAUCGGAGGGAUUCGGAAGAAGCGCAAUCGCUCGCGUCCAAAUCGAGCGAUAGCACAGAAAAGACUGAUGAGUAUUUAGUCAAGAGCAUUAAGCUGAACAACCACUAUGGGGAGGGCGACGGGAUCAAGCCCGAGAUCAUCGCGGCAGGCGACAACAACGUCGUGUAUCGCAUGAAGACGAUAUCCAAGAACUCCCACAUAGUCACCAAGUCGCACGACUAUAAACUCAACAACAAAGUCCCGUUGGACACCCUCAAGCAGAAGAAAAAGUCGAAGCUCCUCGGCGACGGCAAGUCGAUAGAGAAAGAGCGGGACAAAGAGUGGCGGAACGACCUGUUAGAAAAGGAGGGCAAGUACGCUCAAAACGAGGGCUACAGAGAGCCGAACAACCACGAGAAAAAGAAGUUACCGACUCCAAAAGUAGAUAAUGGUGCGAAAUGUGAUAAUAAGUCCAGUGACGGGAAGACAGUGCAAUCGGACACGGAUAGUAGUGAAUGUGUUAAGAGUGGUGUUAUGGAGACUGAGAUAGACAGUUUGUUGCUCAAGUGUUUGGAACGGACGCUAAGUGCGGAGGACGUGGCGGACGCGUCUAAGUUUGUGGAGGCGCGGCGCAGUAGUGAAGGUGACAAUAAGUUGAAACGGACACUGACUGAUAGUGCUAUUACCUCCCCAAACGGACUGCUGGCCUCUGAGAAGAAGCGGAAGACGAGCCAUGGCAGCUGUCCAGUGAUCUGCGUUCCAGAUCCCCCGGGCUCCACCAACGUCGGUACAAUCGUGACGAGUCGGAGCGCCUCGCCGCCGCCCGCGGGCUCGCCGCGCCGCCGCGACCGGCCCAAGGACCGCUCCUACUGCAAGCUGGCUGCCGAGCGCGUCCGGCCCGAAGACACGCCGCGCUCGCCCGCCUCCCAUGCCCAAGGAGAAGACUCGGGAAUCGAGUCCAUGGAUGCAUUAUCAGAGAAGUCCCCCAACCAGGCUUCUCAAUCUCCGCCCGGGCCGCAAAGAAAGGAGCCUCGUGCCCCGUCACCGCCGCCGCCGGCCUUGCUCGAGCGACUCGCUCGUACUGCGCCGCGAUACGAACCCGCGCCGCAACUGCACCUCGGCGACAUCGAGGCAGCGCUAGCUAAGAUGCACGCCGACCACGACCACGACGAUUUGGAGCGGGACCGCGAGUGUGAGCUAGAAAGAGAAAGAGACGGCAACAUUAAUCAUGAGCGAGUCAACGGCGAAACUCCGCGCGAACCGUCGCCGAUACUUCGCGACGCGCCCGCGCCCGACCCCGCCCCCGUUUCCUCACCCCCCCGGUAUCCGUACCAAGAGCCGGCGGCGGAGAACGGCGCGACCGAACCGCCCGCCGAGCUCGACCGCCUGCCACUAAAAGCAGACUUCCCCGACAAGAGCCUGCUCGAGCAGCUGCUCAUCGAGAUCCCCGCGCCCGAAUACAAGCGCGAGUCGCCGUCGCCGUCCGCGCUCGCCGUCGCGCGCUCCUCUGUCCGCACGCGCGCGUCCAGCAAACUCGCUUCGCCCGCGGAACCGCCCGCGGCACCCGCGAAACCGCCCGCGAAACGCAAGCGCCGCGAGUCCGAAAGCUCCUGCGCGUCCACCGUCAGCUGCGAGGAAGGGUUAUCGCCCGCGGGUCGACCUAAGAAAAAGCCGCGCCGCGUCGACGGGCCCAAACCGGUCGCACCGACUCCCCAAGGAAAGCCGAAAAAGGAUUCGGACAGCGACAGCGACGAGCCACUAAUCUGCAAGGUGCGCGGGAAGACACCUAAAGCGGUGACAGCCAAAGCCCCGGGCCGGACUAAGGGCGGGGAGGGCGCGGCGCCCAGACGCUCGGUGCGUCACGGGCCGGCCGCGUCGCCCGCGCCGCCCGCGCCCGCGCCGCCUGCCGCGCCAGCGCCGACCAAUACCACGCCCGCCAGGCGGAAAACUAGGAGUGCUGUGGGCGAAGGCACGCCUUUAGCGGGCGCGGUGCGGCGGCGGCGCGCGUCUCGCGACGGCAAGUGACGGCGGGCCCGCGCGCUCGCCGCGCGUCCGCUGCUGUUGCAGCCGGUGGUGUUCCCGCUAGACUAGUAAAGAUAUAGAAGCGGCGGCGGCUUCCAACCGCGUCACGCCUCGCUCGCACUGGUCGAGAUAUUUAGUCGAGCGACGAGCCUUUAGUCACUAAUACUCGACCAAAUUCGUCCAGUCAUUUAGUGGUGACGAGCCUUUAGUCACUAAAAUACUCGCACUUUGGUCGAAUACAGUUCUGUUUACAAGUGAUUAGUCCAGUCAUUUAGUGGUGACGAGCCUUUAGUCACUAAAAUACUCGACCAAAUUCGUCCAGUCAUUUAGUGGUGACGAGCCUUUAGUCACUAAAAUACUCGACCAAAUUCGUCCAGUCAUUUAGUGGUGACGAGGCUUUAGUCACUAAAAUACUCGACCAAAUUAGUCCAGUCAUUUAGUGGUGACGAGCCUUUAGUCACUAAAAUACUCGACCAAAUUAGUCCAGUCAUUUAGUGGUGACGAGCCUUUAGUCACUAAAAUACUUGACCAAAUUAGUCCAGUCAUUUGGUCGAGCGACGAGCCUUUAGUUACUAACGCCCGUAUUAACAAAAAUUACUAAGAGGUCUCACAGUGCGCAUGGACGCACAGGGUGACACACGAACCAAUCACAGCGCUCUAUUCAACACUGUGCGUUCGAUUUACUGCUUCACAUAAGCCAGCAUCGUUUGUGAAUACGGGCGUAAAAUACUUGACCAAAUUAGUGCAGUCAUUUAGUGGAGUGACGAGCCUUUAGUCACUAAAAUACUCGACCAAAUUAGUCCAGUCAUUUAGUGGAGUGACGAGCCUUUAGUUACUAAAUUACUCGACCAUAUAAUCCGGGCGUUUUCAAGGCGAGAGUGAAUAGGCAGAUAUGUACCAUCCUAGACUGCAUCUCACUUAGACUUAACACCAGGUGCGAUUGCGCUCAUGCGCUCAUUAGUCCAAUAAUUUAGUCGAGUGACAAGCCUUUAGCAACUAAAAUACUCGCACUUUGAUCGAGUAAAGUUUACAAGUGUUUAGUCCAGUCAUUUAGUGAAGUGACUCGCCUUUAUUUACUAAAAUACUCGCACUGACUUCUCGCCUUUCAAAAUGGAUUGGCUCGAAUGAACGAUUUAGUCACCUACUCGACAAAUUUUUUGGUAUUCGGACACGUUUAGCUACCAAAUUACUCACCACUCGCCUAAAUUACUCGACCAGUGUGAACAAGGCUUAACGUACGCCACCGUAGGACCUUACGUUCGAUUAAUAUACCCUUAUAAAGGGUGAUAACUUUUAGUCACUGAUCUAUUGGAAUUUAAUGUGUUAAACACGCCUGUUGUUAAGAAGUUCUAGUUUUUCUUAAUUUUCGUUUGUAGACAUUUUUUAUGUGUUGGAAACCGCUGUCUAAUACUAAAUUGACAUAAAAGACUUAUAAAUGCGUUGUAAAUUAUAUUAUACUUAUACUAAAUCGAUGUCAAUGCAAAAUACGCUGUGCUACGCAUUUUUACUUUGUUGUUUCUUUCACGUGGACUAUAAAUAAAAGCUUGCAAAGUCUAUUUUAGCCUAAUUUACAGAACUUUUUAUAAAAACAGAUUGAGGUUCAUUCAACUCAGAUUUACCAUCUUUUUACUAUGCAAGUGGUUCUUCAUUUCACAUAUUUGAGUCUUACGUGAACAGAAUUCUCGAAUUUUCUAGAAAGAUUUUUAUUGAAAUGUUCUUCUAUAUCUUUACUUCUACAGUAGCACGUAUCUCAUCCUCGACUGCUCAGCAAGCUAUGUUUGGGGGUAGAUUAAGUCCAGAAAGGCUGCAAAAAUAUGUACUAGAUUUUCGAUGACCUUUAGACGCGAAAAUUAAUACAUAUUUAAAGACUUAGCCCGUUUAUAAAUCAAAGAAAACCUUUCCCUUUGAAUUCGUUUUAAUUUUUUUAAGUUUAAUACAUUAUUAUAUUGACAAAAAAUCCUUUUGAUACUUUUAUUUUAUUGUUUUAUCGUCUUUGUAUAUAAAAUCAAAGGAACAUCGGGGCCUCAAGUUAUUUUGACACUAUGCUGUAUAUUUUGACAUUUCUGUUCAAUCACUUCACUACUUUUGACAAAUAAAAUGAAUAAGAUCAUGAACACCGAUUAUUUGGGUAUUUUUUUAUCUUCUAAUUACAUUAUAUCAGACUUAUUACAAUGUCAUAACAGUCGAGGAUGUAAAUAUUUUUUGUAAACAAACUUGUUAAUAUGCGUUUGAAUCACUAAUCCUUGAUGUAGUCAACUGCUGUAAUUAGUUGACAGAAAUGUCAGAUGAUUACAGAAUUUGACGCGACUUUUAUGUUCUCACUGAGAGGGUUUAUAAUAUUCGUCGGCGAAUCUCAAACUUUUGGAAAUAUUAUGAGUAAAAUAAUUCGUGCAAUACUAGAUGAGAUAAUUAAUGUUCAUGAAAAGUGAUUCAAGUGCACAUAUAAAGUGAUUUAUACUAUCACGAGUUGCCUGUAUUUAUAACCAAUUCAACGUGACUGUCGAAUUGUAAUAAGAUGUAAUUAUAAUUUGAUGGUUGUGAUGUUGAUUGGUGUUACGUCAUCAUUGUACAGGUAGAAUGUUGUUAUUAUUGGCCGAGCGCAAAUUCUAUUUUUAAAUGAAUGUAUACUAGAUAAGAAGUUGAAACACAUUUAUUCAUUUUCAAAAAGUAAAUUGUAUUUGUAACUGAUCACGAAAACUUAAUAAGCAUGCUUAAGUCGUGAACACCAAUUCAUUCGGAUAAUUGGGCUUAAAAAUAGGGUAUUUCUAAUGGUUUUGAAAAAUAUAUAAGAAUCUGUAUAAAUGUGUUUUAUACUUUUCACAUCGCGUUUCUUUUUCGAGCAGUUAAGUGUUACAAAGUGAACCGCGGCAUAUUGACUUUAAUUUAGUGAACAAAUCAUGUUACCAUUCACUAUAAAAUCGACUUCUAUAAUCGUAAGUUCAUUUCUUGAGUAAUGUUAAGAGCGAUAUCUCUUUGCCACUAGGCGAGACGCCUUCAGUGGAAGCCUUAGUUUAUUAGUGAAUAGAGAUGUAUCAUUAUUGUACAAAAGAGCACUCGACUUGUAGGCACAUCGUUAUAAUAGUAUAAAUACCCGAGAGAUAUAAAAAUGAAAUAAAUGCAUAAAGUUUUAAAAGAUAUUUUCAUACCUUUUUGCACAUGAAACGGAACGGCGUCCAUGGAAAUGAACGUCGCGUAGUGUAAUUAGUUUUGGCGGGAAGGCGCCAUGUUGGAAUCAGUUCGGUUUUUAAUUACAAAUACAUAGGAUUAGCACCAGUCUACUUUGUUAAACUUUUUUACACUCGUGCAUUUUUUUAACUAUCAAUUUUAGAUGUGAUGUUGAAUUUACGCUGAGAUUCCAAGAUGGCGCGUUCCAACUCAAGACACUGGCUGCUAUUUUAAAGUUAGCGUAUUAUGUAAGUGAAUUCACGACCAAUAAUUGUAAUUUAGUGAAACUUGACAGAUAAUUUCUUAGUGAAAAGAUAAUAAUUGUGACUGAGUGUUUCAAACAGUUGUCUGUUCGGGCUUCCAGUAUCUUAAAACUGUUAUUUUGAUGCCCCUUUUGUUCGUUUGUCCUGUCCACAGUAGUGACCCAAAUUAAUCCCGUCGACCAGUGAUCGUUUUAGAGUAUACUUUAAGCUAGUAUUUUUCUUUGCACUGUAAAUAAGUGACCGAAUUUCUAAAUUGAGUUAGUUUGUUCGUUAGAUUUAGUAUUUAUUGAUCACAAUCAGCUGAGUCACAUGUGGGUCUCGACCCGGUCCGACCCGGCGCCAAUCGCGUCCAUCAAAGUGUAAAUUGAUCACUUCUAAAUUUAACCUUGCAAUAACCAGUUCGUCGAUUAAAAAUUUAGCAUUUAAUACAGUUAGUAUGGUGGACAUGUGUGCUGCACGUUUUCCUUUCGCGGUUCCUAAGUCUUAGGCUGUAUACUCUGAGCAAUAAUAUGUGGGUGUGAAGUUUAAUUGUACCUUUUUGGACAGCUUUUUGGAACAUAGCUUAUCGGUGGUUUUGCAUUAGUUGUCCGUACGGUCCCCGCGGUGACGAUAGGCAGUAGCGUAGGGGCGUAGGGAGCGUGUGUAGUAAGCAGGUGCCUGCCAGUGCCCUAUGAGCGUGACGAAACUUGUUUUUUUUCCUCGUUUUUAUUAGUUUAAAAUUCGAUAAAAUCUCUUGUAAAUUUCUAUGUAUAGAUGGGGAAAUUAAUAUAUGUUAUUAAGUGUUUUCUUUUCGACAUUGGGAGUGGUUGUACAUAGUAUAGGCGGAGGAGCGCGAAGCCUUAUACUGAACCGUGCGACUCGCUAGCUUGUAUCAUAUAGCGUAGUGGAUGAACUCUCAACUAGCUGUGUACAUUGGGUGUAUAGUUAUCCUUAAUUUCUUGUUUUGUUUUUAUUUUCAACUAAUGAUAGUAAUUUAUGCCGAUAAAAUAUCUAUAUUAUACAUUUAUAUAUGUAUGAAGAAAGAGAAAUACAAAAUAGUAUAAAACACUAUAAAUAUAGCAUAGGGGUUACACCACACAUGAGAUAGGUUAUAGUUUUGGUAUGUAAACAUUAUAUAACGUGUAAAUAGGU